AUGGCCGGGGGCAUCAACCCUUGCCGGGAGGGGAACCUCUCCACACAUAACUUAGCGCGGCCUCGCGCCUUCUUUUCUUCCGCCCCUCUCCCGCCCACCCGACCCCAUCGCCCCCACCGCCCAGUUCACCUCCAGCGCCGGGGUAGACCAGAUACUCCGCGGCUCGGCUGCCGGCAAGACCCGGAGAGUGGAGUUCGCUCCGGCAGCGCGAGGCGCGCACUCGCAAGCGCGCUCUCGCUCACUCCUCGCAGGGGUACUGGGCAUGCGCGGCGCGCGUCUGGCUUUGGCGGCGAGCGGGUGAGCGGGCGGGCAGCUCCAGACUUCACAGGCGGCGGCGGGCGCGGCGGUCUUGCCCAGCGCGAGGCGGGCGCUGUGCUCGCCCGGGAGAUCGUUCCUCUUCUGCCGGGCGCAGACGGCGGCUUGGCGGCUCGCGGAGGAUUGGAAGGGCGUGGUCCAGGACGGGGGCUUUCUCCUGGCCGCCUCCUGCCUCGUCCGGGCUCCAAGCGUCUCCGGGGAAAGCCACGGCCCCGAGGGCGGAUCCGAGUUUUUGUAUCUAUUCAUUUAUUGAUGGACAUCUUGGAUGCUUCCAGUUUUUGGCAACUCUGAACAAAGCUGGUCAUCUUUAACACAGCUCUCGUUGGACUGAAGUGGAAAAAUGAGAAUUGGAGCAUAUUUUCAUUUUUGAG